UUUCGCGCCGGAAGCGGAAGCCGCGAGUCUCCAUGGCGGCGGCCGCGGCGGGGCCGGUGUUCUGGCGGCGGCUGCUGGGCCUCCUGCCGGGCCGGCCCGGGCUGGCCGCGCUGCUGGGCCGCCUGUCCGACCGCUUCGGCCGGAACCGGGACCGCCGGCGCCGGAGGUCACCAUGGCUGCUGCUGGCUCCUUUGCUGUCCCCGACGGCCCCCCAGGCCACCGCCCCGCCCUGCUGCCUGUGCCCGGAGGGCGUGCACCGGUUCCAGUGGAUCAGGAGCCUGGUCCCCGAGUUCGGCGUCUGCAGCUCCCGCGUCCGCGUGCUCUCGGCCCCCGCCGAGUUUUUUGAGCUCAUGAAGGGGCAGAUCAAAGCAGCCAGGAGGCGGGUCGUGAUGGCGUCUCUGUACCUGGGGACAGGCCCUUUGGAGCAGGAGCUGGUGGACUGUCUGGAGAGCACCCUGGAAAAGUCACUCCAAGCGAAGAGUCCUUCCGACCUCAAGGUGUCCAUCCUCCUGGACUUCAUGCGGGGCUCCCGAGGCAGGAAGAACUCGCGCACCAUGCUGCUGCCGCUGCUGCGGCGGUUCCCGGGGCAGGUCCGCGUCUCGCUCUUCCACACGCCGAACCUGCGCGGCCUGCUGCGCCUCCUCGUGCCCGAGCGCUUCAACGAGACCAUCGGCCUGCAGCACAUCAAGGUGUACCUCUUUGACGACAGCGUCAUCCUGAGCGGCGCCAACCUGAGCGACUCCUACUUCACCAACCGGCAGGACCGCUACGUGUUCCUGCAGGACUGCCCCGACCUCGCCGACUUCUUCACCGAGCUGGUGGACGCCGUGGGCGACGUGUCGCUGCAGCUGCAGGGCGACGACACCGUGCAGGUGGUGGAGGGCAUGGUGCACCCGUACAAAGGUGACCGGGCUGCGUACUGCAAGGCGGCCAACGCUCGGGUCAUGGGGGUCAUCAACUCGGCCCGGACCCGCCAGCAGAUGCUGCACGCCCAGACCUUCCACGGCGACGCCCUCGGGCCCCAGGAGGACGCGGCGGCCGCCGGAGACCGCAGGCCGGCGCCGGACACGUGGAUCUACCCGCUGGUGCAGAUGAAGCCCUUUGAGAUCCAGAUCGACGAGGCGGUCACCGCGACCCUGCUGACCGAGGCCGAGUGCGGGGCCAGGGUCUACCUCACCACCGGCUACUUCAACCUGACCCAGGCCUACAUGGACCUGGUCCUGGGCACGCGGGCCGAGUACCAGAUCCUGCUGGCCUCGCCGGAGGUGAACGGUUUCUUCGGGGCCAAGGGGGUGGCGGGCGCCAUCCCGGCCGCCUACGUGCACAUCGAGCGGCAGUUCUACCGGGAGGUGUGCUGCCUGGGGCAGCAGGAGCGGGUGCGGCUGCAGGAGUACUGGCGGAGGGACUGGACCUUCCACGCCAAAGGCCUCUGGCUGUACCUGGCUGGCAGCAGCCUGCCCUGCCUCACCUUGAUUGGCUCUCCUAAUUUUGGGUACAGGUCGGUGCACCGGGACCUGGAGGCCCAGAUCGCCAUCGUGACCGAGAGCCAGGCCCUGCAGCAGCAGCUCCACCAGGAGCAGGUGCAGCUCUACGUGCGGUCGGGCGCCGUGUCCCCCGCCACCUUCCAGCAGCCCGGGCGGCAGGUGAAGCUGUGGGUGAAGAUGGUGACCCCGCUGAUCAAGAACUUCUUCUGAGGACACAGGGAUGGCCUUGAUGAAGAUGACGGGCAUGGCCGGUGUCAGCUCCUUCAGCCGCGCCUCGGCGAUGACCCCGGUCUGCGUGUCCCAGCGAGCGCCUGCGGGCAGUGCUGCCGUGAGCCGGGAGGGCCGGAGGGAGAGCC